AUGAUAAUAGAUAAUAAUAUCCAUUCAGAUUUUAAUAUUGAAACAGAAAUUACUACAUUAAAGCCAGUUCCAACAGAAUUAGCUAAGUUAUAUAACUUAGUUGAUGAAAAUUGCAAUCUUCCAUUUGUUAUUCUUUGUGGAGCCAAAGAUGGAACAUUGUCAACGCUUGUAUUUCCAAAUACACUUGAUGUUCAUCACGAUAUCUCCAAACCAUUUAUCUCAAAAUCAGAACCAAUAACUCAUAUUGUAAUUUCUCGACAAACGCUGAUACUUACAGGAAAAUAUGGUACUGUAAAUAGUAUAUCUGUUAGAGGACAAAUAUCCGGAUCUAUUCCUUUCCCUGUAGAAGCUGUUUCUAUUUCAGAUCCGAAUUUAUUAUUUGUUUCUAGAGGACAUCUUUAUUCAGCACCACUAUUAAACCCAUCAUCAUUCAGUAUUGUUGCUUCUUUCCCUGCAAGAAUCGUUGCUUCCUGUAGCGGAUUUUGCAUAACAACUUCUGGAGCUUUAAUUCCAUUUGAAGAGCGGUCUCCGAUCACAAUUUCACCAAGAUCAGAACUUAUUGAAUUUUCUCUUUCAAGGCUUCGUGAAAUUUCAGAAGAAAAUGAAAAACUUUUGCAACAAAUUUCAGAUGUAGAAGCCAAUCUAAGUGAUUCGCAGAUAAUCAAGUCCAUAAAUAAUGGUAGUAAAGCUUUAGAAGGCGAAAUUACCCUUAUUCCGUCAAUUUCUCCAGAUGGAAGAUCAAAUUUAGUUUGUCAAGUCAAACUAACUCCAAUAGGAUCAUAUUCAUGCCAAGGAUUAAGUUUAUCAUUAAUUAUUACAACAGCAACUGGUUUCCAAGACAUUUAUUGCUUACCAAAUAUUCAAACAAUAAAUAUCAAUUGGGAAUUGCCAUUAAAUAUCACAACUACAACGGCAAUAACCAUUGAUUUAGUUGCUUCAUGUAGAAAUCAAGCAGCUGUUGUUUUAGAAAAUAUUUAUGAUAUAAUUGAUCUUUCAGCAGAAAUUGACCUCCAAAAAGUGAAUCUUGGCUCAACAUUUAGUAGUUUGACGAGAAAUACUGUACAGAAUAUCUUUAGAAUAGGUGGAUCUAUUCCACAAGCGUUACUUUCUCCAAUGGCAAGACAAGCACCAACAGGAGAAAAAUGGACAUUAAGAGUUGACGGACAAAACGUCACUGUUGUUGCUGGAUCAAAAUCAACGGCAAUGGCUGUGAGAGCUGCUGUGGAAAGACGCGCUGAAGCAAAAGGAACAUUUAGUAUCGAAGCUGCUGAUGAAACAAUUGAAAACUUGAGAGAUCAGGCUGAUACAAUCCUUUCUUCAACAACUGAUGAGGUUCUUCCAAUAGGAGGAGGAAUAAAGAGUAGAGUGGAGUUGUUACAUGAAAAUGCAACAAAAAUUGCUAAUGAAAAACUGAUGCCAGAUGUAUAG